AUGGCCAUUCCAUCCAGCGAACUGCCGGCAGAUCUGAUCGACGUCAAGAUCUCCAUUGCAUUGGACGACGGCGCUGCGACUGGCCCCGACCUGCGCGCCGUCGCCAGCUCGCGGAGCCGAUACGUGCCCGACGACGACAUCGACCUCGCGAACCCCUUCGCGACCGCCCCGGACGGCAGCAGCCCGCUCUCCGGCGACGACAAGCUCGCCAUGCUGCAAGCCGCCCUCAUGCCCGGCGUGCUCGAGGCUGCCCCGCACGACGAAACCAACCUCAUGGAGAAGCGCCUCGCGCUCGCGGCCUGGGCCGCGCGCAUGCUCGGCGUCCCGCGGGACGCGGCGCCGGGAGCGCUGGCGUCGGCACUGCGCGCCAACGCCGCGAUGCCGCGCGCCAUCGGAGACUACCUGGACGCGCUCGAACGGCAGGGAGCGGGCAGCGCCGCGCGGGUGCUCGGCCCGGGCGACUUCGUGGGCGGCGCGGACGCGCACGCGCGGUGGAGGGCGGGCGAGCUGGAGGCAUGCGGGGACAUGCUGCUGUACGUCCAGCAGCAGCCGCCGUGGCGGGCGUUCGUGUCGGUGCUCGUGAACAGCGCCCAGGGCCUGCCCGCGCCACCCACGGCGCGCGCGGGGCUGUUUGCGUGCUGCGCCGCGCCCCCGUCGGUGGCCCCGAGCACGUUUGCUGCCGUGUUCGCGGGCCCCGACGACGUGCCCGGCGUGACGUCGCCCGGACCGAAGCAGCCGCGGGGGGGCGCGCCGGACGCUGCGGGCGCUCUGUGGUGGGCCGGUGCGGGCGCAGAGGGCGUCCACCGCACCGCGGUGAUCGAGGAGUCGCGGGACCCCGUGUGGCAGCAAGUCACUGCCAUGCUCCAGUGCGACAAGGCGGGCGGAGACGGCGCGUCGAUCCACGUGCAGGUCCUGCACGCCGAAGGCGACACUUCGGCGCCGAAGCUCCCCGCCCCGCCAGCGACCAAGAAGAAGAAGCCGGGCGACGCAGACAGCGACGCGGAGAUGGCCGUGCUGACCAACGGAGCGCGCAAAACGACCCCGGCGCGGUCCCCGCCGGCCGGUGCCACCCUGCUGGGCUACGCGACGGUCCCGGUGUCCGGUCUGACGCGCGCCGGCCUCGCGACGCUGCCCCUGGACCUGACACUGCUGCGCCCCGCCGGCGCCCCCGGCGGGUUCGGGCGCGGGGCGGGCGCCGCGGACGGCAGCGCGCCGCCGGAAGUCCGCAUCGAGACGCAGUGCGCGAUCGAGGAGUGGGGGGAGUCCUUCGCGGACACCGACGGCGGCGACGGCCCCCGCCCCGGUGCCGACGCCCUCACGCGCGACAGGGGCGCGCUCACCGACGCCGUCGUCAACGCCGCGUGGGCCGCGUGGGAGGCCAGUCUCCCGCGGCCCGAGACCGUCAAGGCGCCCGCGCGUCCGGCGCGCCCGGGCCCGAUGGCGCGGUUCACGUUUGCGUGCGUCGGCGGGGACCUCGAGCCGCUCGUGGUCGCGAUGCAGAGCGCGUCGCCGCACGCGCCGACGGGGUCCGCGCUCGCCUUGCUCGUCAAGUGCGUGGCGACGUUCCGCCUGCGGCCCCCGGCGGUGCUCGCGGCGUGCGCGGGGCAGAUGCUGCGGCGGUGGCAGGUGGAGCCGGGGUACCUCGAGGCGCUCGGACACCUCGUCGCGCCGCUCGCCGGCUCGCUCAAGUCGGGGGCGCUGACGACGGGCGAGGCCGCGCAGUGCGAGGCGCUGCUGGCGUCUCUCGCACAUCGCGUCGUGUGCGUCCUGGACGACUUCUACCGGGUCCUGAAGCCACGGGACAUCCCCAGGGGAGUCCCCAUCCUGGUCGGACUCUCCGCCAUCGCGCUGCUCGGCUCGGCCGACCCAGGCCCGCUCUCGGAGCCCCUCCGCGUCCACAUCACCCGCGCCGCGCGCAACCAGGCAGCCGCGUGGCUCCGCGGCCCCGUGCCCCGCGGUCGAGACGGCGUCAAGCUCCUCACCGAAGUCAUCGAACGAGCCUACCAGGAGAUCGCAACCGACGGACUGCUCGCGCAGUCGCUCCCGGACGCCACGUUCGUGCUCGCGGUGGCCUCGCGGGCGCGCUACGCCGUCCUGCGCGCCGCGCUGGAGUCGGUGUUCACUUCGCCGGACCUGGCGUACGACCAGCACGUGACGCAGCUCGAGGACGUGCUGGCGGAGCUGAACGAGGCGCUGAUCGCGGCGGGGGUGGCGCGCGACCCGGGCCCGAACCCGUUCGCGGCGGCGGCGGACCCCGGCGGCGCGCCGGAGCCGUUGGAGGUGGUGGAUGUGGAGCGGCUGACGGAGCGGGCGCUGAGCACGUUUGUGCGGCAGAGCGGGCUGCGGCUGACGGAGUGGAUGCGCAAGGUGCUGCAGCGGGACGAUUGGACGGCGGCGAACGGGGCGCCGAAGGGCCGCGACGGCGUGGGCGGGCAGGGGGUCUCGGUGUCGACAGUGGACGUGCUGCGGAUGCUGCAGAGCACGGUGGACAUGGUGACGCGGCGGAUGGCCAAGGGGAGCGACGAGCGGAAGCAGACCGUCGGGCUGAUGGUCGAGGAGGCCACGAUGGACGUCGUGCAGAAGUACGUGGCUGUUCUGGAGGCGCGUUGCAUCGAGGAGAUGGACGUGCGGCGCCUGGCGCCCGGGGCGGCGGCGAAGGCGGCGCGGCUGGCGAACGAGACGGCGUACGAGAGCCUGUCGCAGGGGGCGGGGGCCGCGGGGCGGGGCAAGCCGCGCGCGAGGGGCGGCGGGAAGCGGGUCAUUCGCAGACGAGGUUCCAGCACCUCGGGGCUGCUCGGAGCCAUGCUGGCGGCGGAGCCGGAGUCGGUCGGGGGCCUCGUGUGGGCGACGCCGACGCUGUGCACGAAGAUCAACAACUUGCGUCAAAUGGAGUUGGAACAGUACCACAUGCAGCAGCAGAUCGCUACGGCGGCGCGCGGGCGGCACGAGCGCGACGACGGCGGGUUCGUGGACGACGACGGGUUCUUGGACGACGACGAGGAGCCCGAGAAGGAGGGGGGGGGGCGCGAUGCGGCGCGGGGCGGGCCGCGUGUGGGGCAGUAUGGCGAAGAGGUGGGGCGGGCGGUGCGGCGGUCGAUGCUGGCGGUGGUGGGGCACCUGGCGACGCGGCUGCAGUCGAUGACGGCGUUCUUCGUGCAGCAGGCGCUGACGGAGGCGUGCGAGGCCGCGGAGGCGGCCGCGGAGGGAGAGGACGGCGCUGUGGUUGGGGGGCGCGUGCAGUCGCGGACGCAGUCGCGCGCCGGCGCGAAGACGCCGCUGGCGCAGAAGUGGAAGACGGCCUUCGGGAUCGGCGCGUCGAAGGACGCUCCGGGGCUCUUCGGGAAGCGCGGAAAGGCGGGGAGUGUCCCGGAGUCGGGGGGGGACUUGUCGGACCUGGCGUCCAUGUCCGGGAGCAACGCGGACGCGGACGGCGCGCCCAAGGUCGGGAUCGACGGUCUGCGCGCGUACCUCGACCGCGAGCUCCUCGCCAUGUUCGAGCACAUGUCUAAAUCCGUCUUCCGCAUCUCGGCGCUCUCCUGCUGGAGCGCCCUCGUCGCGACGCUCGAGGACGCCGCCCUGUCGCCGCGCUGGGCGACGCUCGGCCCGGGCAUCGCGGUGCCCCUCGCCGACGCCCUCGAGGCCGCGCGCGGGUUCUUUUACGGGGAAGGCAUGGGGAUCCCAGACAAACACCUCGACAGGAGCUCCGCGCGGCUGCUCGCGCUGCUGGAGCUGCACGACGUCCCGACCGCGACGCUGCGGGACGUCUACUUCGCGCUGCGCGGGGAGUUUGCGGGCCUGAGCGCGUCGGCGUCCGAGAGGCGGCGCGGCGUUGGCGUCGGCGACGGCGCACGGUCGACGUCGCGCCGGGCGGGGGCGUCGGGGGCGGAGCUCGUCAAGCCCGACACGAUCGUCGAGCGGGAGCUGCUGGAGCGGAUGGGCGUCGAGGACGCGUCCCCGAGCGGCGCGGCGGCGGCGAGCGCGAAUCCGUUUGGCGCGGAGGGGGAGGCGGCGCUGGGGGGCGGCGCGAACCCGUUCGGGGAGGAUCCGAUCGCCGCGGUGGCGGACAACGGGCGGAGCGCGAAGGAGGUGGCGCGGGAGGUGGCCGGGAAGCUGAAGGCCGCGGGGGUGGGUCUGUUGGAUGUGCUGCGAGUGGCCAAGUGCAGGGCGGGGGACGACGGGGCGCAGGACCUGGUGGAGUCCGAGGAACGAUAUGCGCAGCAGUUCGCAGUCCACUUCAUCUUCGGAGAGGCGAUGGCCGGCGACAGCCUGGCGCACGGCUUCCCCUGCCGGUCGCGCACGGGCCUGCGAGGCGUCCUCUACAUCUGCACGCGCCACAUCGGAUUCUCCACGCUCGGCCAGGGCCCCUCCACCGCGCACGACCCCUACAGCACCCUGCUGCUCCCCAUGCGCGACAUCCGCACCCUCGAGAUGUGCAUCCUCGAGGACUCCGAGGGCCUGGCGCUCACGAUGGCCACGGGCGAGCAGCACGCCUUCCGCGGCUUCGGCGGCCUGCGGGACGCGUGCGUGGCGGCGGUGCGGCGCGUCGUCGCGGGGACCGGCGCGCCGCUGGACGCGUUCCUCUCGCUGUCGCUCGUGGAGCCCCCCGCGGGGAGUGUUGCGGGCCGGGACAGCGUGCUGAGGAUCCUCAAGUGCGGCAAGGUGACCAAGGAUCGGAUUCGGUUCAAAGAGGGGUAUUUAUACGUGUGCUGCGAGCACCUGGUGUUCGACUCGGCGGUGUGCAGCCGCAAGGUCUUUGCGUACGCGGACGUCGCGCGCGUGACCGCCGAGCACAGCACGCUGCACUCCGGCCCCGUCGUGACGCUGCACGUCCCCUCGUACCCCAAGCAGAGGCUCCUGCUGGCAGGGCUGUCGGAGAACGACGCCGGGAGCCUCCUGGAGCUCGUCGCAGGGCUGCGCGACGUCGCGGGCGGCGUGGCGGGGCGCGUGGUGUCCCCCGCGGCGGGCAGGUAG